AUGGACGACGUACAAGAUGAGUAUGUUGACGUUUUGAUGAAAUCUAAUACUGAGAAUGUUACGAAGUCUAUGAAUGUAGUCGAAGACAAAACACCAGGAGGAGAUGGGUUAGAGGUGCCUGAGGUGGGUAUGCUAUUUAAGCAUGAAGAAGAUGUGUAUGACUUCUACAAAAAAUAUGCUUAUGCUGUUGUGAAGAUGGGUUGUAAAGCCAGGAUAUCUGCAUCUUCAAAUAUCAUGGGAAACUGGAAGCUUGAAGUGAAUGAUGUAGUAGGGAUUCCCUUGCAUAAGAGUUACAAUUCCACAGUUGUGGAAGCCAGUGGAUAUGAGAACAUGACUUGUAUUGAAAAGGAUUGUCUGAACUAUGCCGAACGAGUUAGGCGAUUACGACUUGGAGAAGGCGAUGCUACAGCAAUACAAUCAUACUUUUCAAGAAUGCAAGCACAAUACUCGAGAUUUUAUUUUAGUAUGGAUUUGGAUGACGAUUCGCGACUAAGAAAUGUAUUCUGGGCAGAUAAUCUGUAUAGGCUAGCGUACAAGGAGUUUGGUGAUGUGGUUAAUUUUGAUACCACUUAUCUUACUAAUAAGUAUGAUAUGACAUUCACUCCCUUUCUUGGCGUCAUUCAUCAUGGACAAUCAACAUUACUUGGUUGUGGGUUAGUGUUGAAUGAAGACAUCGAUACCUCCAUAUGGUUGUUUAGAACAUGGCUUCAGUGUAUGUAUGGCAAAGCUCCGCAUGCCAUAAUUACCGAUCAAGAUAGAGCCAUGCAAAAUGCAAUUGAGAUUGUCUUUCCGAACAUGAAGUAUAGAUGGUGUUUGUGGCAUAUUUUAAAAAAGCUCCCGAAAAAGUUUGGAUACCAUGUUGAUAAGGGUUUGAUAUUUGGGGCUAUACAUUCGCUAGUGCAUGAUUCCAUGUCAGAAAAAGAAUUUGAAGAAGGUUGGAUGGCGAUGAUAAACACCUAUAGCUUGCACGAAAAUAAUUGGUUCUUAGGAUUAUAUGAGAAUAGAGGGCAUUGGGUGCCUUAUUUUUUGAAAACCACUUUUUGGGCAGAAAUGUCAACAACACAGAGAAGCGAGAGUAUGAACGCGUUCUUCGAUGGAUAUAUGCAUUCGAAGAUAUCGUUGAAGCAGUUCGUCGAACAAUACAAAUGUGCCCUGUGGAAUAAGGUCAAUAAGGAGUUCCAAGCUGAUUUCAAGUCAUUUUCUCAAAUGAUACCGUGUGCAACAUAA